ACCGCACCGUUCCAUUAUUGUGGGUUCGCCCAAACAAGCUUCCAAGAUUUUCAAGCAGCCAGUCGCCAAUCGGUCAUCGUUACAGGAGGUUGUCGACAGAAUGUGUCAAAUUUUCUCUUUGAUAAAAACGGGUGUUGAGCCGCAAAUAGUGGAAAAUAAUCUGAUUUUUUAUGCGAAUUACGAGAAAGUGUGUGCGUACAGCAAGAAUCUGCAAAAGUUUCAUCUGAAAGGGGCUUCGUUAAGCCAACUGAAGGUAAUUUGAGAUGAAACGUUUACGAGUGGAUGAACCCUCCAAGGAAGGAAGUGGACCCCCAUCCAUUGCCCCAAGUUCCCUUUUCCGGUCGUCUUUACCGAAUGCCGCCCCAGGUCUGGCAUAUCCGAGUGGGACGACCACUGUGAAAGUGUUAAACGAAGGUAUGCAAUCCGGACUGUACUCGCAGGCGCCCCCGGUUAGUUACGGUACGAUGCCCGUAGCAGCAGCGCCCCAUUCAGGUGGCAAGCCCCAAUCGAUGCCCAUCGCCGUUGCCGGACACAACGCGAUGCGUACUUCGGGAGCUUCGCCACCGAACGCGAGCCUUCAGGAACCCCCUCCCCAACAAUCCGGUAAUUUUCAGAGGUUAAAGGUGGAGGACGCGUUAAGCUACCUCGACCUAGUAAAAUUUAAGUUUGGCAGCAAGCCUCAAGUGUACAAUGACUUUUUGGACAUUAUGAAAGAGUUUAAGAGCCAGAGCAUCGACACUCCCGGCGUUAUAGAGCGCGUCUCGAACCUGUUUAAGGGUUUUCCCGAUUUAAUUGUAGGUUUUAAUACGUUCUUGCCUCCGGGAUAUAAGAUCGAAGUGAGAAGCGAUCAGGGCGGCUACGCCUUCUCGGUAUCGGUGAGUAUGCCGAGCCCGACGGGCACCAUUUCGUCCGAUCAGCAAAAAUCCGCGAUGAUUUUGAGCGGUAGCGGUCGAAUUAUGCCGGCUCCUCCCAGCCAACCGGUAGGUCAACCGCCACCCCCUCGGCCGAUAUCGGUGCAGACGCAGCCGCCCCAACAGCAGUCGCAACCACAACCGCAGCAGCAACAACAGCAGCCACCGCCACAACCACCACCGCAACAGCAACAGCAGCAACAACAGUCGCACCAACAUAUUCCUUCUGUGCUGCCACAGCCGCCUUUGGCGCCUCCCUCUGUGACACAUCACCCGCCAUCUGGGUAUGGCAUGUCUGCGCCCACUAAUUAUGGACUAUCACUUUCGGCUGCGCAGGCUGCAGUCACCCACGCCCUUCAGGGGCAUACGGAUACUCCUCAGAAUCAGCCUGUUGAGUUCAAUCAUGCUAUCAACUAUGUCAAUAAGAUUAAGAACCGUUUCCAAGGCCAACCCGAAAAAUACAAACGAUUCCUCGAAAUACUGCACACGUACCAAAAGGAGCAACGCACAAUGAAGGAAUCGAACGUCGGGGCCAACGUAAAACAUCUCACUGAACAAGAAGUCUACAGCCAGGUGGCCAAAUUGUUUGAAAACCAAAGCGACCUGCUCGCCGAGUUCGGUCAAUUUCUACCAGAUGCCACCAGCCAUAUCAAUCAGGCGCCGGUGUUGGAACAUUCGAAUUCGGUGAAUAAAAAGUCAUUGAAGCCGUACCAUAGGGACAGAGACCAUUUGCCCGACCGGCAUAUCUCUCACAAAUCCAGCCAUCAAUCGGGAUCGGCCAAGAGGUCUUCGUCUCCUUACUCCAGUUACCAUCACAGGGACGCGCCACCGCCCAAAAAGCAUAAAGUCUCGCCUGCUUUUAGGGAUGUGAGUCUUAGUGAGGCUGGGAAAUAUGGUACUUUGAAUGAUUAUGCUUUCUUUGAUAAGGUCCGCAAAGCACUACGCUCCCAAGAAAUCUACAAUAACUUCCUUCGCUGCCUUAUCCUCUUCAAUCAGGAAAUAAUUUCCAAAAGUGAACUGUUACAAGUCGUCACUGCGUUCCUCGGCAAAUUUCCCGAGUUACUCAAAUGGUUCCGCGAAUUCAUGAGCCAAAAUGAGACGGUACCGAUUCCAUUCAGCGUUGCUAGACCGGAACGUCCUCAAGGCGAUCAUAAACUCGAAAUAGACUUUUCUACCGCAAAAAGGCUCGGCGCUAGCUAUUGUACCAUCCCGAAAGCGCAAGAGGGGUUAAAAUGCUCCGGAAGGACGCAACUUUGCAAGGAGGUGCUGAACGACCAAUGGGUGUCCUUCCCCACCUGGUCAUCGGAAGAUAGUACUUUCGUUAGCUCGCGUAAAACUCAAUAUGAGGAAUAUAUGUAUCGUUGCGAGGACGAGCGGUUCGAGUUGGACGUUGUUAUAGAGACUAACGCGUCUACCAUUCGGCUUUUAGAGUCGGUUAGUAAGAAAAUGGGACGGAUGAGUGCGGACGACUUGGCAAAGUAUAGGCUGGACGACACGUCCGGGAUCAGUUUGACCACAUUACACCAGAAGGCGUUAAAGAGGGUUUACGGGGAAAAGGCCCUCGAUAUUAUUGAAGGGCUGAAAAAGAAUCCCGCUGUUGCUGUUUCUGUGAUUUUGAAGAGGUUGAAGGCUAAGGAGGACGAGUGGCGAGAGGCACAGAAAGGUUUUAACAAAAUAUGGCGGGAACAAAACGAAAAAUACUACCUGAAGAGCCUGGACCAUCAGGGCAUAAACUUUAAACAGACCGACCUGAAAGCCAUAAGGACAAAGAAUCUGUUCAACGAAAUCGAGACCAUCUUUGAUGAGAGACACGAUCAGAACGAAGAGGGUCCCGAACCGUAUUCCGGACCCCAUUUAGCCAUUCCUUAUAGGGACAAGGGCAUCUUGGACGACGCGGCGAACCUCCUGAUUCACCACGUAAAACGCCAGACGGGAAUCCAAAAGGGGGAAAAGCGGAAAAUAAAACAGCUGCUCCGGCAAUUUUUGCCGGACUUGUUUUUUCACACGCGGCAGCCGCUUAGCGACGACGAACGGGAGGAUGAAGAUGAAAACGAUGAUAAGGUAAGCCCGAACAGUUCGCCGAACAGAGACGGUAAAGAAUCGAAAUCGAAGGAAGAAGCCGGACGUAGCUCGGCACGGUCCACGACCCCGGAGAUGAAACGCGAUCCGGAAAUCAAAGAAGAAGAUAUCAAGAUGCCUCCCUACGCUCAAACGAAUAAUCCGGAGGAGGCCUACACCCUCUUCAUGGCCAACAAUAACUGGUACAUUUUCCUCCGCCUGCACGCCAUUCUCUGCGAACGUUUGUUACGCAUCUACGAGCGAGCGGUCCAAAUAGCGAACGAAGAAAGACAAAACGGCGAGAACCGCAAAAACAGCACGGCGAUCGCCCUUCGACUGAAACCCAAACCGCAAAUCGAGUUCGAGGAUUAUUAUCCGGCAUUUUUGGACAUGGUAAAAACCCUUCUUGACGGAAACAUGGAUGCCAACACGUACGAGGAUACAUUGCGAGAAAUGUUCGGAAUUCACGCUUAUAUCGCGUUUACGUUGGAUAAAGUGGUUUCUUAUGCCGUCAGGCAGUUACAGCAUUGUGUAACUGAGAGGACGGCAAUAGGAUGCACGGAAUUGUACUUAAAAGAGCACAAAAGGGGAGCGGCGGGCGGCGCAUGCGUCAGCGCCCAUAAAAGGGUGCAUAUGGAGCAGGCGUACCAAAGGGCGGCCGAAAAAGUCGUACAAGAAGAAAACUGCUUCAAGAUUUAUAUUUAUAAAUGUGAUUGUAAAAUUACCAUUGAACUGUUGGAUACCGAGCCUGAAGAUUCUAAGAAGGUCGAGGAGGCUAAUAAAUGGAACAGUUACAAAGAGUCUUACACAGAUAUCGGUCAUUCAGAAAACAUCAAGCCUAAAUCUCCCGUCUAUCUAAGGAGGAACGUUCGGUCAUACAAACAACGAAUGGUCAACAAGCGGUCCAGGACCGUAAGCGAACAAGAUGAUAGCCAAAAUAAAAAGUUACAGACCCCAAGAGAAGACGGUCCCUCGAACUCGAGGCUGGAUCACGAAGCCGAAAGACAAAUCGACAUGUUUGAGGCUCUAGAGAGGAAAUUAAACGAACGCGCUCCGGAAAGAAACGAGACGAUCCAUCCGGGCUUCCAGGUCAACGACGACCAAGAGUGCUGCAUCAACGAAACCAAAAUUAACUUCGCGUACACGAAGGAUUACUACUUGUACAAAACUUGUGCCUUUUAUCGAGCUAGACAGUCGCACCCGAAGGUAACCAAAUUCAAGGCGUCCAAGUUCCGCGGCUGGUUGAAGAAGUGGGCGGGCUCGCACGUGACGGACUCGCAAUCGAAACAGUGCACCGAUUGGCUGAUGGGUCGGUGCGCGGACGUCGUGCCCAAUCGGACGCGAGUGCUCGCCGACAACGACCUCCAACGGACACCUUACGUACCGUAUAACAGGUACCGCGUCGAUAGACUUACCGUAAGCAGUGUAGAGGGCGCGUCGUAGAAUCGGUGAAAUGUGUCUUGUGGUUUCUUUUUUUUUUUUAAAUUUUGUAACAUAUAAAUUGUGUUUUUUUGAAGCACGUUUUGGGAUGUUGAGAGGGUUGGAUAAGUGUCGGUGAGGCUGAUCUUAAGUGGCUGUUAUAUGAGCUAAAGUUGGCAUAUUUACGGUUCGUGUCGAAAAAAGUGCUAAAACAACAUAGUUCCUUAUUUAUUUUAUUUUUUUAUAUGAUUUUACUAGGGAGGUAUGUUCUUGACUCGGCAUUUACUUUUGCCCUCUGCAAUUUAUUGUUGAGGUCGAGGUGGUUGUUUGUUUGGGUUCCGGGGUUGAUAAACAAAAGUCUGAAGGUAUUUAAAUUGAUCGACGUUUCGACAAUUGUAUUGGCUUCCUCAGGGUACUAAGGUACAUCGUGAUGCUUUCAAAAGAUUCCAUAAGAUUUAAACAAAUUAAAGGUUAAAACAAAAUAUUAAAUUGUUGUCAAAGUAAGAAUUUGUUGAAGCAUUCGUUUUUUUUUAUAACGAAUAAAUUAAAAUCUUUUGAAUUAAACUGCUUUGAAGUGCUGUUAUUCCUGUUCUACUCAGAUUCUAGUAUUUUUGUUAGUUAUGAAGAUGAUAUAUCCGCCGAUAUCAUUAGAAACGAAAUCCGCUUUUCGGGCAUACAUUUUUGUAUCUGAAAAAUGAAAAAUCAUUCUCUUGAUAGUCAAAUUCGGAAAAACUAAGUAAUCUUCAUAGCUUCAAUGGUUUAAUUAAUAUUCUCGCCCUUUUGAAUUUAACGAGACCAUCACUAAGGCUGUAGCACUUAUAGAACACUUAAACUAUAGAACACUUGAAAAUUUUUUUAACCUCAUACCUUUUUAAGGACCAAUUAAUUAUUCAUUGGAGUUAAAAUGAUCCUUAAUUUCAAAAAACCAUUAUUUCUGAAUGAUUUAUGAUUCAAUAUUUUUGUAAGGUGUGAUAAGAUCUGUAUGUGUAAUUAGGAAUAAAAUAAAACCAAUGUCCUUAAAUUGCUUAAAUUCUACUCAGAUCCGAUGGAAACCAGUACGUAGUACAGAAAAGAUUCGCAGUAAAAAUUGUUUUGAUUUAAAAGUUAAAAUGUAAGGUACUACAAUUAGAUGCAUAAUACAAAACAAAACAAUCUAAUGAACCGCGACAUUAAAGAAAAAUAGAGUUAUCAAGACUUUUAAUAAAUAAGAGUUUACAUGUGAAGCGUAUAAAAGCAAACCAAGAUAUUUAAUGUAUAAGUCGUUGUGAGUGAAACGAGAAAAACCCGCCAAAAUCUUAGUUUUAACUUAAUAAACUUCCUUUUUGCAAUUAAUAUUGCAUCACUCAUAAAAAUAUAGCCUGUCAGUAAAAAGAUAUUUUGCUAAAAAAAAUAGAUAUAUGUACAUCUGGUUUUGCACCUAAGACUAGCAAUGAUCUCUUUUUUCAUAUAAUUUUGUAUAACUAUUAAGUAAUUAUUUAAAUAAACUAAAGUUAAAAUUUUGUAAAGUUUUUUUUAAUAUUAAAAAAAAUUAGUGCUGGCAGCAAUAAGGCUUUGCAAAAAAGCAAAAAAGGAUCUUAAAGGUGUUGAUUUUAUUUAAUAAGUAACCAAAAUUAAAUUCUUAAAUCAUCGCCAUUAUCGGAGAUAAUCUCCUCUUCAGGUUCCUUGGAAAUUUUUUUCGUUAAAGCAGACACGCUUUUUAUUUUAUCAGGCUUCUGUCUACUUUUAAUGGUUGUAAAUUAAUUUGAGACUCUUGGCAUCAGAAAUGUCACUUUUAUAAAAUAGUUCACCUUUAACCAAAACCAAGAUGCAGGAGCUUUAACGACUUUUUACACUUCGGCCUUCCAGUCAAAAACUGGACAAGUUUCUCCCAUAUUUAAAACACUGAAAUAAUCUUUUAUAAUAUUGAUAUGUUUUGGAAUAAUGGUAGGACAGUUUUUCACCUUUGUGUGUGUUCUUGUUUUGUUCACGUUCUGUUUAUAUAAACGAUUUUACUGUUUCAUGAUGAAGACACGACUUUGGAUGUCCACUUGCUACAGUAUAAUAAUUAAUAAAUAACAAAAUUAAGGUAAUUUUUUUCGCAGACAAAACAAAAUAUUGCAAUUCUGGGAUAUGGAUCUCUUAGUAAGUCAUAAAACGCUUUGCAACGUUUACAUUGACUGUCUUUGAUUUGUUUCGAACAUCAGUCAGUCUUUUUUGACCCUUGCCUGCUGGACUUGGCUCAAUUGUAUCUCACUGUGGUUAUGCACCACAAAACUUAAUUUCACUUAAAAUCUUAUUUAGUAACUUUAUUGUACCUUGUUUACCUACCGUUAAUUUAAAUUGAUUAAUUAAAAAAUAUAUCUGAAGCUAGAUUCAGAUUAUGAAUAAAUCCUUUAAAAUGUCUUCUUAUGGGACCUAAGCCUAAAAAUCUAGCUUCAUAUAUCGUAUGGUACGUAUGACAAAAAUAUACUAAUUAUAUAUAAAAAUAAACAAAUCAUUGAUAAUAAUUAAUGGCACAAAAAUCAUUUAUUCCUGACUGAUUUUUAAAUACGAAGGUAAUAUGUUCAAUCAAUUUGCAACCUACCGGUUGAUGAAUUUAAUUCUUUGUUAUUGCAAUCUGGACUCGAAGACAAAUUCUUAGGAAGAUCUGUAAAGCUCAACAAUGUUCUUAUCUGUGGGACACUGAAGUUACUAUAUCAUAAUUUACAAGCAUGACAUUGUAACUUUAUCAAAGUUAGCACCUUCUGUAUUUUUUAAAAAUUUGCAAGCAUCGUAUUGUAUUUAGUUAAAAUUUUUUCUUUGCUUUAUUAGGACGUUUUUUUAAGAAAAUCUUCGCAUUCAGAAUACUGAGCCAAGCUGGUAUUUUUGAAACAAUCACAAAUGAUCUCGAUAAUCCCUGCAGUUAGGUGGUUAGGAAAGUUAAAUGCUUUUCCGAAAAUUCGACUUACCAAAGGUUUUUCCAGGUUUUUUGUUUGUGUUAUCAAUAUAUUGAGAUAUUAAAAUUCGGGUCAAAUUACCAAAGUUUAACUGUACUUCAAAAUAUUCAAUUAAUUCUGAAGACUGCAUUUACAAUUUAGAAUCUUGGGACUUAUUCUAAGACCAAAAUAUCAUUUUUUUAAAUGUAAAUCACAAAAAAACACUCUUAAGAACCCUACAAAAGAAUCACAUCAUAUUUUAGUGCGUUGAAGAAGCCAACAUUGUCGGCAAAACGUCGAUCAAUUUAAAUACAUUUGGACUUUUAUUUAUUGAUCCCUAAACCCAGAAAAUCGACGGCUUCGAUUGUAAAAUUAUUGGAUUGUUAUACAAAAACACGAGACUUGUUAUUGUUAUAGUUUUUCACGCCGUUGCAUUAUAGAAUAUUCCUUAUUGUUUUAGUUUUUUUUUUAUAAUUUUUUUAUGCUAUGACCUGGAAUUUUUAGGAAUUGUUUUUUUUUUAAUUUAAAGCAAAAUUUAAUUACAGCAAAACUCAAAUGACUUUGGAGAGAAUUUGAGAUGGUAAAAUAUACAGUGUGUGCCAAAGAAAGAAUCCUUGUUGAUUUUAAACAAGAUUGGCAUAAUUUAAAUCAUGCGUUAAAUCGAUUUUCUUAUAUUUUUGGCAAGUUAUGGUUCUCAAUAAGGGAAUAGAGUUGAAUCGGUUGGUCUAUGUCUGUUGGUAGCUGAAUACGAUAUUACUUUUCAAUUUGCAGAUUUAGACAAGGGAUUAUUGGCAAAAUUUAAAAACUCAUUUAGUUUUUUUUUCAAAGAAAUAAAAUGGGUGAUCACUCUCAAUGGUAACAGAGUAUCCUCAUUUUAAUGAAAUUUGUGGAAUAUAUUUAAAUUAAUCUAAAAUAUCUGUAUUAAAUAAAUUGACUUGCUUUUACAAAACCAGCCAAACAAUUGAGUUGAAUUAUAUCAGGUUGUGCUGUCAUUCUCAUUAGUCUCUUGAAAGUUAACCCUUUCUAUCCCGGGCCUUAAUUUGCAUGUUGGUCCCUCAAUCCCAAAGGUUUUUCCAUCCUUAGAGUCCCAUUUCCUUAUAUAUACGUCGCAUAUAAAUAAACAAAUAAAUGACCAGACAACGUUUUUUUAAUGAGCUUUUUUUCACAAACUUAAACGGUUCCUUUUCAAAAGUACUCAGAGAGCAGAAACAACUUUAAAGGGUUUAUACUUCUGUUUUUUUAUGUUUAUGUCUGAAACAAGAUGAAGAAAUAAGUGCACAAUAAAAAAAAAUAUUACAAACUUAUCUAUCAAAAAGUGCCCCUAUAAUGGUAAGUUGAUAACCUGCAAGAGAUAGCCUUUCUGAAGAUUGGGUCAAAUAGAGUGCAUAUGCUUUAAGAAGAGACAGAUCAACCAUGUGGAAAAAUAGAUUUUUUUAUACCAUUUUGUGGUCUUUCUUACACAUUCUGUGGAGCUCAACAUCAUAUCUGGUCGAUCUAUUGCACCAAUAUUUUCGUUGUAAUUUAUAACAACCGCUGGUGUAGCAUGCCAAGGAUUGCUUUACUCUAUUUUUUCCAUGUCGUGAGGCUAGGAACAUAACACCCAAAAACACGUAAAAUUCGUUGAUAUCAGUUUCGCGCCAUUUAUUUUUAUUUGCAUAAACCUCAGAAGCAUAUUUGUUGGUCUCAGAGACAAUAAUCUCAACUAUAUCUGAGUCCAUAAAUAAAAUAAAAUAACUUAAAGCAUCUGACUUAUUUUCUAUGGAGUCCAAGUGUGCGCCGGUCUCUCUAUCAUCAAAAUCAUGCACUACGGGAAUAAACGGAGUUUUAUUGCAUUUCAGAACCAAAUUUUGUUUUAGGGCCAAAUUAUCUUGAAUCGCUUCAGGUGACUUAUUAUUUGUGUUUCUGUUUUCACCAUCAACGGGAUUUUCUCGUCAGAUAACUCAUUAUUGCUAUUUUCGGCCUCAUCAAAUAUAACUUCAUUUAUCUCGUCAUCUUCAUCCGAAUCGGGAUAAUACUCACUGCCACUAGAGACAUAUGGCUCUUCAUCGGAGUCUAACAUCUCCAACAUGUCGUCAUAUUCCUGUUUUGAUAGCCCACAAAAGUCUCCACACUCAUCAUACCUUUUACGCUUUGAACAACGUGCUUCACUCAUAUUACGCGCGCGAUUGCGACUGUUGUGCCCGAAAUUAUUUUUAAAACUGAAUUCUCAACACCAGUGUUGCCAGAUGAUUGGGUGAGAAUUAUGGUACAUUCUGGCCAAAAUUAUGGAAUUUUUUUACAAAAUUAUGGUACAAUCAUACAAUUCUGUCAGUACACAAUCUUUUCCUAUGUAUGACGUCACGUCACAGUCGCGCCGUCGCCAAACUUAUAAAAUGUGUUGCAUUUUGUUGGAUUAUGAAUUUAAUCAAAUUUCCUAUUUUGAUCAUUUCUUUUAAUUAAAAGAACGAUUUCUGGUAGAAAUAAAAUACUUUUUUAACAAAGAUAGUACUUUAUUGAAAAAUGAACAAAACAUUGCACUUAAAAUCUAACUUAAAAAUAGAUAAACAUUAACACAAAUACAUAUACAAAUUUGUAUAUUGUAAUAUUUGUAUUUGUAAUUUUAACCAACCCUGAAACGACUUAUCUAAUUCCCAAUCCUUUCGAUAGCUUUGGGGUCUAUUUGCUCGUCUAUUUUUAUUUCCAAACUUAACUUGUUUUAAGUUUCGUUUACUAUUUUCAUCUUCGGAUUCAGAAUCAGAAAUAUUUAUAUGUUUUCGUUUUAAGCCGGAGUUGGAGGUCAUAAUCUUAUAAUAAUUAAUGAAGCUUUAUUCUUUAGUUCUAUUUCACCCCCAACCCCCAACAGCCAAAAGCAAACAAAAAUAAUAACAAAACAACUUAACCUCAAAUAAUAAAAACAAAUGACGGACUGUUGAUGUUGACGUUUAGAAGGGUUGUGUCUUAAUGUAGUUUUGUAUUUAAUGGGAUUUUUCAUGUACAUUUCGCAUUUUACUGCGAAAUUGUUCAUAUCAUAUUAAUAAAAAAAAUAAUCAUAGAAAUUUAUAAAACCCAAAAAAAAAUAAAAUUAUGGUACAACUAUGGUACAUUUCUGAUUAUGGUACAAAUUAUGGAGCAAGCAAAAAAUGUUGCAAAAUUAUGGUACAAUUCCGUAAUUAUGGUACGUCUGGCAACACUGCUCAACACGCGAAAUCGUUCAACCGACCUGCAGCUUCACCUUCGAACUAUGCAUGUAACAGCGUUGCCACCAGUGCUAAAAUAUAGCAUAUCUAAAAUAAGUGAACAAAUAUAUACGGCAGUGGGUCCGCAUGACCUGUCUUAGGUGUCAACAUUUUGCGGCUUUGGGAACAAUAAUCUAACAUUUUCGGACAUAUUUCUACCGCAUUAAGACACCAAUGGGUCUAAAAUUUUAUAAGCAACGCAUAUUUUCGGCUUUGGUAAAUUGAGACCAUAACACCUUGAACGUAUAUAUACGGCGGCUGGGACUACAGACCCACUUUUUAAAAAACAUAUAUAUGCGGCGUUGGGACAGAAAGGGUUAAGGAAAACUGCCGGAAUGUCAUCUUGAUACGGCAACGAAACUCGACGAUCUGUAAACAAAUUUUAUCUAUUUAAAAAACUUAAUACUUAACUAAACAUCAAUUAUUCCUGGCCAUUUCAUCCUAUUUACCGUCAUUUCACUACCUCACCUAUAAGACCAUUUUCACGAAAAAUCUAUGAAUCCUCCAGUUUUUUGAACACAUUAAAUUGUUAAAGGCCCUUGAAAGUCUGAGCUGAUAUUCAUUGUAUAUUUUGUUAUUGUGUCUUUUUUUAAAAUUAUUAUUCUAAGGUUAUUUUCUUGGCUUUAAGAAGGAAACUUUUGAAAAAAGGAACCUAACGAAAUGUUUAAAGGAGACAUUCAAAUUUUAGGCCGAAUUCAAUUGCUUUUCCAACAAACUUGGACAGUUCAGUUAUUAUAGUUCACAUGCUCUCUUAGAAAUCGUAAUACAGACUCUCUGUUUUCCCUUAAAGGACUUUUUUAUUUCAAACCUGAAUAGCUGUACCUACCACUUUUGGGAAUUCUUUCCAAGAUGCCUUUUUUUAUGGCAAUUAGGAGGCUUUCAGGUAAAUUAAAUUUUUGUAAGUUUACAUUGACCCUUAUAAAAUGAACCCAAAAAAUUGUGAUACAUUUUGAGCUAAAAAUGACUUAAAAUUAUUCAUAUUGUGAAAUAAAAAAGGGUUUUCCUUUUUUUUAAUGCGUUUUAUUCAAGUUAUAAAAACAUCGCUCCUUACCAUGCAACACUUGAAAAACUAUAACAAAAAAAAAAAAAGAUCUUAGAUCCUUCAAAGCACUUUCAGUAAAUUGUCAAUUAUUCCUCUGCAAAAUUACGCACACAUUCAUCUGGUUUACUUAAAUCGCGAAUUAUUUAUUACGAAACCUUCCCAGUGAUACUUUCUUGUUAAUUUUUUUUUAAAUUAAGAACAAAGACAGUAAAUUGUUUUGUACAUAUUUUAUAUGUUUAAAGCAAGUUAUUAUAUACACAUGGUAUCGAAGAAUAUAUGAGCAAACGGUUAUUUUUCAAUAAAAUUGAAUAAUAGCAUCUUAUUUAUAUUCUUAAGAUACCUUGUAGCGCAGCGUUAUUUUCCACUUUAAUUAGCGGCAUUUUUAUCAUUGUUUGUUUCCUGAACAUAUUGUAUUGUUAUUUAAAUUAUUAAUUAGUACAGAUACAAUUUGUUUUAUAUUGCUUUAACUUUCUCAUUAACUUAAGUUAUUUUCGUUCAUGUUGUUUAAUAAUAUCAUUUAGUUUAUAAAUAUUAUUGUUCCGUUUCGUGUUGACAUAUCUUUUUUUUUCCAAAAUUUUUGGUUUUAUUGUAAGUAUAAUAGGGUAUAGUAAAUUGAUGCUUGUUAUUGCCAACUUAUUAUAGGAUAAUUAAAGUAUGGUUGGAUGAAAUAGCGACGAAAGUGAAAAUAUGAAAUAUUUGUUUGUUUUAUGGAACCCCGAUAAUUGAAGAAAUUAAUAAAGUUCCGAAAAUCAUAUUUACAGAUGAUUUAAAAGUAAGCGCUAAGGAGUAUAAUCUUUGCAUAAAAAUAAGGCAGAAAGUUUUUAUCAACAUGAGUACGGAAAUGCUUCCUAGUUUAGGUUAAUAUUCAUUGUUUCCAAAUAUUUAAAUGCGGUGUGCUUAUAAACAUUUAAAGCUGAAUCUGAUUCUAGCUUAAGAUUUAAUUAAGUCAGCUGCAGCCUAUCCUAUCCAUGCUAAAACAAAAUAAAAACUUCUAUACAGUCGUCAUUAUUACCUGACGUUAUGUUUUCAGAUGUUUAAUACACAGAUCAGAUUGAUAUCUCGUGCUAUGUUCGUGAAAUUAAUUAUGUUGCAUAUAAUUUUCGGUAUUCUUAAAACUAGUAAAAAUUAUUUAUUUGUUACAUGAAAGUUUUAAUAUAAACCAAUUUAUCCACUGAUAAAAUAAUACUAGUGAAAAUUACGUUUUUUAAUUUAUACAAUGUUAAUUUUCGCGUAAGCGCUACUUCCUAUAUACUUACACCAAGAAUACCCUUUUUAUUUAAAAAUAUUCAUAUAAAAUAAACGUAAAUAUUAGUGUAAUGUAAUGAAAAUAAAUUAAAAAAAAAACAUAAUUUAGCAUUUUGCAGAAGUAGCAACUUAGUAACUUCGAGAUAAGCAACGAACUGGUGUGUACCUCACACUUAUUACAUUAAUCUAAAAGUGCCUAUAGAAAUUUUAAAAAAAUUUCAACCAACAUAACAAAAAAAUAUUGUCAACCAGGUGACCCUUUUUAUUUUAUAGAAACCAUUAGUCUAAUCUUGUAUUUGAGUCAAGUUUUACAAGGGUAAUUUAAAUUUUGUAGGUGGAAAGGUAUCUUACACUAUUUGUUAUGAUGACUCUUCAAAUUUCAAAUUUUUAAACAUUUUUUCUAAGUUAUUGUGAGACUCUGUUAUGGCUAAAAACAAAAAAUUGCCGCCUUUGUAAAUUAUGCAAAUUAAUAUAAGGAUUUCACUUUGUUAAAUUCUGCGAUCGUGAUUUGCCCUUUUACAAUAUUUUGAAAACUUUUUUUACUACGAACUUUUAUCUCUGCAAACCUUUUUAAUACUUUUAAAUUAAUUUUACUGCUAAUUUUAUGUCGUAUGGAAGUUGAUCUUAAUUUAAGAGAAACUUUUACACGAGCCACACUAAUCGGAGUCUUUAUUAAUACGCGUAAAGCAACUCUAAGAUUUUGCGCUAUAUUUAAUUUAGUAAGAAAUUAUAGUAUUUCCUGUGGACUUUCCUUAUUUGGUAAAAGUGUAGAAACCAAGGAUAUUUCAUCUGUUAAUUCUAUUCCACUUAAAUCGAAUGAUAAGUUAAAAUAAUUGUAAACCUUUGCAAUUUGAUAUUAAACUUUCCAUUAAAAUAUUUGUUAUGAAUACUCGGAAGAACUCUUAAUUCGAAUUUCUAAGGCAUUCACUGCUUGAUCAGUAGUAAAAAGAAAAGGAUUUUAAUUUCUAUUUUACUUUAGUAUUUUCAAUAGUGUCAUUUCUACUGUCAUAUAAAAGUUUUUCUUUUUUCUAAUGGUGUAACAAUAAAAAAUUUCCGUCUACAUUAAUUUCAUUUGCUAGUUACACCUAUAUUGAUUUGAAUAUUGUUAUUUUGCACAAGUUUGCUUAUAGGAUUAAAACCGGGCUAAUUAUUAUUUGUUGAUGCUCUUUGUGAUGCAAAUCGACGCAUUGCUUUCUACUGAUAAUCCGUUUGGGAAUGCGCGUUUAAAUUGCUCCACGAUGCAGCGAUAAAACUUCAGUCAGUUCUUAAAAGUACUUUUAAGAAAUAUUUUCCUGAGGAAUCAUUCUUAUAUUUGAAAUAACUUUUCUUGUUUAGUUCAGUAAAAUCAUUAUAUUAUCCAUUUCUUCAGCUAAAAUUUUAAAGGCCUCUUGCACCUUAUUUCUGUCACUAGGGUUUCAUAAACAUUUAACGACGAAUGAUGAUGGUUCUCCCAAAAACCGACUUCUCCAAAUCGCAUUAUAUACGUACAUUAUGCUUAUGCAUAGAUUUGCAAAUAGUCACAUCAACGAAUUUGAAUUGUUUCAAGCAAUUUAAUAAAUCAUACGUUGAAUUAGAAUAGCAGAUCUUAGUCUUUUAACAGUCGGCAAGUUUUUAACAGGUAGGAAACUGUCAUUAAUUUGAACGUUUUGUUCUGGUUAUAUAACUGCGUUAUUGAUUGGAUUAUAUUAGACUACUAAAGAUAUUUGUUUGAACUUAUUUCAACAGGAAUACAGUAUUAAAUAAUUAUCAUGAAGAAUAUCUAAUAUUUCAUUCUGUAUAUUUUUUCCAAGGUAAUUGGAUUUAGUUUCGUCUUUUUUAAGAACUCUUCAAAUAAAGUCCAUAAUCAGUAAAAAAAGGCUCGAUGGGGCCUUUCAUGACUACUCCCAAAUAAUUUAUCCUAUUACUUUACUAAAAGUGUAGUAAAAUCAAUGUUUGGAGAACGUCUUACUGUUAUGGAUAAUCACAUGAAGUGUGACUUACCCGCAUUAUUAUGUUAAUAAGAAGUUUUUGUCUUAUUUUUAUGCAACGAUUAUGCUGCUUAAAGCUUACUCGUGAAUUAACAGGUAUAAUUGUAAUAUUAUAGAUUUAAAAGCCAGAUGUUCUUACGAAAACUGAAAAUCUUACGUCGUACUUUAUCAGCAUCACAUUUCUUGAUUUAAUUUAACCUCAUACGAGCCGUACUUGUACAGAUAUUUUGUUAUAAUAGUUUUUAAAUCAAACAUUUACUAACUAUAGUUAGCAAUUAGAGGCAGAUAAUUUAUUAUACCGUUCAAAAGAUAGUUUUUAGGGAUUUUAGAGUACGUUACUGCUUUCCUUAGAAAUGUAAAUAUGUAAUAUUUUUUAAAGAAGUAUUGAAAUUUCAGUUUUUUUUUUCAAAUUACAUAAUUUUUUCUUGUAAUUUAUUUAUUUAUUAAGAGUUUUACGAUCUUUAUUUUCAAAGGAACGUGCUUCCCUGAUAUUGUAGAUAAAAGUUAGAUAUAAACGAAAACGUCGGCAAUUCAAAAUUUUUAAUAAAUAAAAAGUUUAUUCUAUAAUAGUAUAUUUUUCUAUUAGAGAGUUUGUAAAGGUAUGUCUCCAUAAUAGUACGACCCCCUGUAAAUAUAUCCAUAAAAGUGAGAAAAUAACCAAACGGUAGUUGUGUAUCAUAGUAUAAAACAUUCCAUUUUAUACAAACAAAUGAAUUUAAGUCAAUCUCAUAUUAUUUUAAAGCCAGUUUUGGUUAUUUUCCCACCGUACCCACCAUAAAAUGAAACUUGUACAAAUAAUUUUAUAUAGAGAGUGGGAGCAAUAUGUACAAAAAUUUUAAAUAAUUGUACACAGUACAUGCCAUUUAUAUAUUAAAAGAAAAAUAUUUACAAAUAA